AUGGAGUACCACGCUGUCCCACCUGAGGAGCGCGCCCGAGAUGAGAAGGGCAACCUUCUCCCUUGGGGAUAUGUCUACAAAGAUGAAGCUCGCAAUCCUCGACGACCAGCAGAAGAGUCAGGCCCCUUUGGCAAACGACGAAAUGCUCGAUAUGAUAAUGCCCGCUCACGAACACGAACUGGAACGCCAGCCAAGCGAGAAAACCCCAAUGUUGCCGAGUUCGGGCGACUCUUCUCAAUGCAACAACAGGACGAGGAAAAGACACACGGACUGCCCAAGUCAACAUCCUCCUCCAGCCUAGAUAACCCACGCAAGCAGAAGGAGCUUGUCGCGACCGAAUGCAUACUCUAUGGAUAUCGAGACAAGGACCACGAGUGGAAGGUCAUUGAUAAGUACGAGCGCAUUUCACAGGGCAUGAUUUGCGAAGAUUACCCUCGCACCGACCCCAACGCAGCCAGCCACUACACCCAACUACUGAGCGGCGGGGACGUCGUGAUCCGAAACCUGUCCGCCGAUGCGAACCGCAAGUCCAAGCGCUACGCCGGUGGCUUCCACUGGAUCAAAGUCACCUACGACUCAACUGAGGCUGCCGAUCGCGCGCGCUUCUUUUCCCCACAGGUCAUCGACGGUCACGACGUCUACUGUGAAUUAUACCAUGGCCACGGCCCGGCUGAGGAUGCUCCCAUCCCUGCAAACUCCACCAACACUCGGUCCCAGCGCACCGCGCGCACCCUCACAUCCUCCCACUCAACCGCAUUCCUGUCCAGCUCCAGCAGGGAUCAGGAGCGCAUGACCCUGCCCCGAUCCUUCGCCAUGAACAACCUCGCCAGCGUCCCCGACAUCCCAGAAUACGAAGGCCAAUCCAACGACUCCUCCACCAUCGACGAAGGGACCGUCACAUCCACCGCAACCUCCGCAACCGCAACCGCCACACCCUCCUUCCAGCAAGACUCGUUCACAUCCUCCUCAACGUGGACAUCGGGCGCCAACACCGAUCAAGGCGCCGUGCACCGCCGUCCAAGCUCCAUGGCCGACGACACUACCCGGGCAGCACCGGACAGUGAAUUCAUGACGCAUAUCCCCACCAUGCGUCGGACGAAGCUGCGCCCACUCGCCGAAGCUCUCCCGCCACAGCCUACCAUGACAGAACGGGUGUUGCGCUCGAUUCCCAUUCUCAGCUGGUUCACGGGCGACAUCGUUGGGGAGGGGCCUAUAAUUCGUGAAGACGGGCUGUUUGAUUGGGAUUCGUCGAGUAUGUACUGGAGAUUCUGGUACACAUUUGACUGUCUCCUGUCCACGGAUAUGUGUGGAUUGAAGGAAGAUAAUUGA